AUGCCAUCCGCACGCAGAUCUGGGCGUGCCACGGGCACCAGGAAAAGUUACACCCAGGAUGUUUUUCAAGUAGCUGGAAUCAGCGAUGAAUCCGAUAAUGGUGGACAAGCAGCGUCCUCCAAGCCCAAGCCCAAGCGUGUCAAGAGAGAAGACUCGCCUUCUGAUGAGGAAUUUGUUGCUGCCUUUGGCGACGAGACCAACGGCGGAAUUGACAAUGGGGAAGAAGAAGAAGAUGACGAAAAAGAGAUGGAAGAUGUACCCGAUGGAUCCGAUUUGGACCAAAUGGACGUUGAUGAACCCAGCGUCAUCAACAGAAGAGGCAAGGGGAAGAAAACGAAAGAGCGUAUGGCAGUCCAACAACGCGACAUAUCCCUGAAAAAGCGAAAGCCCGACGGCAUCAUCGUUCCAGAUACAACUGAGACACACUCUCGUGGUCUUAUUGAUCCCAAGGACCAUCUAUCCAAAAGUACAUAUUACAAUCUGACAUUCGGUGCCGACGAUCGUGACCUGAUCGCAGCCAUUUAUUUCCGUGGCGUAUGGAAUCUGGGAAGUGACUCGGUCUUCCCAACUCGCGCUACUUUGGAAGGACCCAGACCGGAUGGACAUGCCUAUGGACCAACACACGGUGUCCAUCCAGACGACGUGAAGAGGGAAAGCACGCGCGGAUGGGACUGGUACUAUGAAAAAGAGCCCAGAGAGAGAUUCCAGAAACGACAACGCAUUGAGAAGAUCAAAGAAACAGCGGCUCGUCAGAAUUACUUACCGCAACCCAAGAACCGACACCACGACAUUCUCCUUGGGCCCUAUGACAACCAGCAGCUUUUCAGCCUGGAGUACCACGAGUCAUUUGACUAUGGCAAUGUCUGGGGAGAAAGGCAGUCCAGCGAAAAUGAAUCAACAAGGAAGACGAACAAAAUCCGAGAGGGCUGGAUUUUAAACCUGGGCCACAAGAUCACUUGCAUGGCUUGGGCUCCGAACCACGACGGUCUCACCCAGUACCUUGCUGUGGCCGUACCAAUUACCGAAGAGCAAAAGAAACCGCACAAAGCUGAUUGGAACGAGCCCCUCUCAUCACUCAAACCCUCGCCACCUUUUCCUUGCGCGAUACAAAUCUGGGAGUUCAAAGCAAAAACGAGUGAUACUUCGACGAAAACUCUUGACAUGGAGUCCAAACCACAGCUACGACAAGCCCUCUGUGCUGAGUGGGGAGAUUUGACGCGGAUGUCUUGGUGCAGACUGCCUCGAGCAAAACGAGACGAAGAUGACGAAAAAGGAACAAAGUCCAUCGGACUACUAGCGGGGGUUUGGGGGGACGGGAAAGUCAAAGUAUUGGACAUCAAGUUACGCCGAGGGUCAAAAGAGACCGAAUACAUCAAACUCCACUCACCCGCUUUUGAAGCAAAACCGCCCAGCGCAAUCUGCACAUGUGUCACUUGGAUGUCUCCUAGCGAUAUUGCAGUAGGAUGCAGCAAUGGAUUCGUGGCUAUUUGGAACAUUGCAUCCUCUGCGUCUGAACCACUUCCCUUUUUCUAUCGACCAAUUCACUCAACAUGGGUGUUGGACAUUACAUCGGUAUACCCAAACCAUCCUCAACAUGCGAUAACCAUUUCCAUGGACGGUGAAACUUAUAUGUGGUCUAUUCUGGAUCCCGUGGCCGAUAAAGUCUCGACAGUCCGCAUGCGAAUGCCAGCUCCUCACAUCAGUUAUUCUCCCAUUCUUCAGUCCGCUGUUUCAGGCGAUGAGCAGGAAUAUGCCCGCCUAAUCCCAAUCCGACGAUUCUUUACGAGCAAUGGCAUAGGGAGGUUCUCCAGCAACGUCUCAGCCUUGGCUCCAUGCAGUUUCUCGCACCCCUGCGUGCUGUACGGGAGUGCUGCAGGAGAGGUGUUAGGAGUCAAUCCUUUCCGCCGAGUGGUCUACAACAAGGAGCAAGUGUUCCAGCAAAUGUGGUUCACACAUGAAUGGGUCCCAAGCUCUAAAGCCGGCACUGCAGGGACUAGCCGAUUUUUCGAUGGAUACCGGGCAGACAACCAGAGACUGGUCAAACACAAGACUACCGACACUAAGCCGAUCACUGGCAUUACGACCUCCACAAUUUACGAAGAAGGCACCCACGUCACAGCCCUCGGGUGGAACCCCAACCCUUCCUGUUGUGCCUGGGCGAGUGCAGCGCUGGGUAGCGGGCUGGUGCGGGUGGAGGAUCUAGCUAUCUAG